GUGUUGAUACUCAGUCUAUUCCUCGACAACUCCCGUUUCGAUUACAUCGUUGGUGCGUAUUUUCGACAACCUCAUUCUACUACACACUAGACCGAUUUGCCACCUUCUUUUCAGGGAAGAUAGGGAAUUCAAGACCGUUAACUUUUAACUAUGUCUUCUCGUGCAAAACAUCCACGCUGUCACGCUUGCUUGCACUUCUGGGAGGCCCACUCCAUCGCGCUGUUUACCCAGGCGCUCUUCCGAUACUUCUCCCGUGUUCUUACUUCGAAGCGAUUUCCAGCCCAAGAGACUCGAGCUACUCCGACGAUGUCAUCAAUUUUCAGACGACAGACGAGAAAGGACGUGAUUUGAUAUUUGAAUGCAUCCUUGUCUUGGCGGUCAGAGAGGAAACUUGCCUCCCCAUCGUGACGUCCAGGGACAUCACAACUGACGGUUUGGGGCUUAUGCUUACUGUUUGGGACCUCAGUUGGUUGCCUUUUUGUGUAUUCGCUACAGCUUGCCUUCAGUGCGCCUUCCCCAUCUCCGUGAAACAUUUAGACGAAUUCAACGACAUCAUGUUGGACGCCCUACCUGGCGAUUACGGAGCAGAGCAGCCUCCUCCAAACGCACCCGAGCAAACUCCAGACUACCUCGCGAUGUUGACACGUCCAAACACGCCUCCCCACUGA